GCGCGUUCAGAAGCAGCUGUGAGCGUCAUGGCGGACACGAUGCAAACCGAUAAUUUUCCUUAUUUACCUUCGGGUUUAGCGGAGGUGAAUAAAAUGAUUGCGGAGCACAGCGACCUGUUUUCGGAUACUCAGUGUAAAGUGUGCAGCGCUGUCCUCAUUUCAGAGUCCCAGAAGCUCACCCAUUAUCAGAGCAAGAAACACGCCAACAAAGUGCGACGGUACUUUUUUAUUCAAAAUGAAAAUGAGCCGACGUUCAAGAAACCCUCAACAGAUGACAAUGACUGUAAUAACGGAGAGACAGACCGGCACAAAGUAUGUCUGGUGUGCAACAUGACGUUCACCUCCCCGGUGAUGGCAGAGUCCCAUUAUCAGGGAAAAGUCCAUGCCAAGAACCUCCGCCUCAAGACUGUAGGGCCUCAGAACACAGUCGCUCCUCAGAUGACAGCGCCGCCUACAGUCCAAGCAAAGAAACAGAAAACGGAGGAGUCUCCACUGAACGACAAAUCCAACCCCAACCACUUUUGUUCUGUGUGUCAGGCCUCAUUCAACAACCCUAUGAUGGCCGAGCAGCACUACCAGGGCAAGAAACACCAAAAACACUUAAAGAAACAGAAGCUGAUGGAAACGUAUGGUGUGGCGUCAGUUCCAGCGGCGAUGUUAAAAGGCUAUCCCUGUGUCAUCUGUAAACUGCAGCUCAACUCUGUGGAACAGUACCAGUCUCACAUUAGCGGAGCCAAACACAAGAACCAACUGAAGAAGUCAGGGCUGGCUCCCUCAGACACCCUUCAGGCCUCAGAUUCCUACAGCGGUGAGUAUCGCGAGCAGCAGCUCUCUUAUGGGGACGAGCAGCAGUUCGGAGCUCUGGACGUCCAAUGGGAGAGCAAUCCUUUUGCUGCGACAGAUGAGAGCUAUGCAGAGGAGGACCCAGGUUUCUGUGAGGAAUACCAGAACCACUCUAAAAAUUGAACAUUUACACAUGGACACUGUACAAAAGUGAAGGUUAGAGCUGAGCAACUCAACAGUUUUCUAGAAAAUAUGCUACAAUAUGCUUUAUGGGUCUAUUGUUUUACAGUCAUUGUUUUACAUUAACUUGACGUUCAGCCAUGACUAUGGCUCGCAGCUCUGUGUGUUUAUUUUAAUAGGCUGUGAAAAUGAUCAGAACAAAUUUGUCAUUUUUAAAUGUUUGUUUAGAGGAAAGCGUCAAUAGGAAAUAACCUGCCUUGAUCCUCAUUGGCCCCCUCUCCUCAGUGGGCGGGAGUUACAAGAGAGGAUUCAGAAUUGGGUCAUAGGAUUGAUUUCCAUAGGAGGAAUUGGAUUAAUGAAUGUUAAUGUGACUUUGAAUUUUACAGAUGUUUUAUAAUGAUUAUUAUUAUGUGUUUGCCACAGGAACCUUCAUUUUAUUAAAAUGCUCUUCAUUUAUAAGAACGAUUAUUUUAGCUAUUGGCAAUUUCUAUUUUGUUUCUUUUUAUUUAAUACUAUUUAUCAUUUACUUCUUAUACACUCAUUCAUUUUAUCAAAUGUUACUAACAGCACUUCUGUAGAUUCUGUCCAUAGCUGACAAGCGUGUUUCAACUGAUGUCAAAUUUGAAGAUGUCAACAACUUUUAUAAAUGGAAGAUAGGAAAAUAUAGGAACAUUUUGUUAGGGCUUAACAUUAACUUCAUUUGCUGUCUGUCCAAUUUUGAAAUGCUACAAGCCCAAUAGUGUUGUUUUGAAUAGGUUGUUUGUGAUCAUCUUACUUGUUUGUUUUAUUUAUUGAUACUUUUUUUUUCUCAAAUCACGAUGAUCACACAAUUAACUACUAAACUAUUAACAUAGAAGUUAAAAAAUAUGUGUAACUGCUCUUAGUGACUAGUGUUAGCAUAGCAAAGUUGUAACUAGCUGGUAGUUAGCAUUUGGUUAAUGUUAAGCCCUGAUCAAGGUCCUGCAUUCUUUGGUCUGAUUGUUCACUAUUGGUUCAUGACGUGCAUUUGUAUUGGAUUGUGAACACUAUUUGUGCUUUACUUUUUACAGUUGUGUUGUUUUUGUUUUGUUUUUUUACUACUGGCCAGUCAAGUCUUUUUUUUUUUUUUCCCUAAACAAAAGGUCUCGGUCGCUGCUUUAGUUCUGUCUCUGUUCAAAUGAUAUACCUACUUAUAUCAAAUGCGAUAUAAGUAGGUAUAUCAAGAAUGGCUUCAAGUCUGUCUUUUUUUUUCCUCAAAGGAGAACAUAAAUUUGGCCAGUUGAGAAAUUAUAAUCCAACCCACCAACCAUGUUGAUGUGGUGUAGAGUGCAGGAGGGGGACCUGUAGUGGUGACAUUUUUGUUUGAUAAAACAAGGACUUGUAAAACUGUUAAAGUGGCUUGUAAAGACAUUUCAGAGAAGUGGCUGAAGUGUAUCAAAUAAAAUGUUUGUAAAGAAUGCA